GUCACAGAGUCUGAACUAUGUUACUUUCGUUUCGAAGCUACCCAUUUAUUUAAGAGGCAUGACAAUUGAUUAAAUGUCAAACUGCUCGGGUUUUGAAAUUACCGCAGGACAAGUUUGACAGUGUUAUGCGAAAAUCAAUGGGCCUAUAUCAACCAAACUUGGUACAAAUCAUCCAUUGGUGAAGAGGAUUCAUUUUGCUAAAACGAAGGGUCAUUCCCCCUUCAAAGAGGAGAUAAUCAUAAAAAUACAAAAGUAGGAGGGGCAGUCAUUUAGAAGUCUUCUCAAGUACAAAUGUGCCAGGAAACUUCAAAUUCACAUGAAAGGAUUACUAUCGAAUGUGAUAGCAGUUCAGAGGGUCAGCUGCUUUUCCACAUCAGCUCUCCGUAUGUCUGAAGUUAGAAUAUCGACCAAUCCACAAGAAGCAUUGGUGGAUGAGAAAAUCCACAUCAAAGUGGAUGGUCUGCCCAAGAAUGGCCCUGUUACAAUCAAAGCCUCUCUACAAGAAGGGAAGCUAAGGUUUUCAUCCUUUGGAUGUUAUACUGCUACAGAUCAAGGUCAUGUGAUUGUCGAGAACCAGUCUUCUGUACAAGGAACAUAUACAGGAGUGGAACCGAUGGGCUUAUUUUGGAGCAUGAAGCCUGAACCUCCUUGGAGAGAGAAUGUUAGAUUGCAAAAAAAUGAUGUGACCACACCAAUGGUUGUGACACUGUCAGUGUUGGAAGGCCACCACACCUGGGGAAGUUUGUUUGAUCCACCCCCAGAACCUCUCACUACAUUAGAUUUGUACAGAUGGUACAAACAUAAAAAUGUCCGACGAGAGAGAGUGAGGCAUGGGAAUGUUAGGGGUGUACUGUUUACUCCUCCAGGGCCUGGGCCAUUUCCUGGAGUGGUUGACAUGUUUGGGAUUGGAGGGGGACUAACUGAUUAUCGAGCAGCAUUGCUAGCAUCCAGAGGGUUCUCUGUGUUAGCUCUGCCUUUUUUCGCAUAUGAAGAUUUACCAAAUUCUUUCACUGAAAUUCCUCUGGAUUAUUUCAUUGAGAGCACUGAAUGGUUUGCUGGGCUACCACACAUAAAGAAUGAUGGCGUCUGUGUAAUAGGCCUGUCCAAAAGUGGAAUGUACGCAUUGGAGCUGUGUAGACGAGUGCCACAGGUCAAAGCUGUAGUCGUGGUGAGUGGAGUACCUAUAUACUGUCACGUUCCUCUUAAAUACAGUGGUGGAGACAUAAUGAACUCGGAAUUUAGGUUAGAUAAGAUGAAGAUGACAUCAGAGGGAAUGGAUAUGACAGAAUGCUAUGAGCCGACUGAUGAGUACUACAUAAGAGCAUGGGAGAGUGAAGCAAAUGUGCUGUGCAUUGUGGGAGAAGAUGAUAGGUGUUUGAAAUGCACCAUUAAUGAGCAUUUUAUGGAACUGGUGCCUGAGGAACAUAAACAUCGGUUUCAGUUGAUAAAGUACCCUAAGGCUGGUCACCUCAUAGAGCCUCCAUACUCACCUCACUGCAGAAAAUCCUUCCAUAAAAUAUUUGGUUUUGAUUUUCUGUGGGGAGGAGAAACAAAGGCCCACAAUGAUGCACAGGAAGAUUCAUGGAGGAGGAUCCUAGAAUUUCUUUCCAACCAACUAAAGUGUGAUAAACUGACCAACCACUCCCUACAAACAGACAGUAAAUUGUGAGACAAAGAGUGUUGAUAUUGUGAAGCCACGGAAUUAGUACUGCUUUUUUACAGUUGUUACAUGUUAGCAGAUUAUACAGACUGUAAUGUCUAUAAAAUAUACCGGUGACCAGAAAAUUAUUUAUACAAACAGGGAGAUAUGAAAUAUACUUCUCCAUGACUGUAAGUCACUUAUAAUAAAACAAAAUAAAAAAAUA